AUGGCGGACACACAGUCUGAAACGCGAUCGCAGUCCAAGUCCAAGUCCAAACGCGCUUUUCACGCCAAAGUCCGUACUGGCUGUCUCACAUGCGUCGUGUACGAUGUGACGAGCGCAAGCCCUACUCUGCAGCAAAGGCUUCUACCAGCGCCCGUGCCUAUAUGGACUGAGGCCGAUAGUCUUCGGGCCGCCUAUCACAAUGCCUUCCAACGGUACGAUCCGAUUGGCCUCUCUAACUCCGAGGCAUUCGCGCAGAUAAUUCCGAGGGAAAGCUUCAGCGAUGACAUCUUUCAUCAUAUAUGUAUGAGCUUGGGGGCACUUUCUCUCUCGUCAGUGGCUCGGUCUUUGACAACUUGUGACGACGAGUCUCUGAUUUCUUUGACGACAUCGUCUCCACUGGAUGCACAUCACGCAAAGGCUGUCCGGUUCUACACCAUCGCCUUGUCGCGCCUUCGCGAGCGUUUAGGCUCCGAGGCCAUGUCUUUUUCACCCCGGAUCUUGCUCCUGAGCAUGGGUGCUAUGGCGUGCUUCGAGAUAAUGCAGGGCAACCUGGUAGCUAGCUGCCACAUACAAUUAGGUUGCUUCUCAGUCCUCAGUGACGCUGUUAUCUCCAAAGCAGAGAGUGGAGAUUCUGAUAGGUUCGGUCUCGCUGCUCUGUAUGAAAAUGAUCUAUCAAUCGAAGAAAUCGAAGCGGUCCAUCUUCGCCUUGCAGCCAUGUGUGUCUUAUGGGCGCCGUGGCUCUUUGAACGAAGGGACCGAAAGACAAUACCGAUACCGCGUCCAUCGCUGGGGAAACCUCCCCAUUUGGACACUUCCGUGGAGGGGUUUCAGGCAUCCUGGAACGCCUUCGCUCAAAGGUUCGAGUCUUGGAGAAUUGCUUGCUACUGGGAUGUCUGCCUUAAUGGGAUAUCCGCAAAGUUGCAAGAUUUUCUAUACGAUCAGCGAAUUCUGGUAGACUGUCUUCAGUCAUGGGAAAAAAUCAUCGGGUCUAGGGCUAGACUCAGUCGCUGCUUAUCCUUAGACCACAACCAUGUCCAGGCACUGAAACUGCUCCUUAUUUACGUUAAAUCGAUGCAGCUGUUUCUAGCCUCGGAAGACAGUGACACCCAAAGACUCGAGAGCUUGCACGCAACAGACUUGGCGGACCUCGCACGGCUACCCCUGAGACCGAGAUCCCGGUUUAUCGGGGGCUUCUUCUUCGGAUCCUGGAAUGACUUCGUGAUAGACUCGCGAUUGCUCCCUACAAUCAAAUUUAUGGUCCUCAAAAGGCAGAACCAUUUUACAACAAUCAAUUACAAAUUAGCGAAAUUACAACUAGACCUCGGGGAAUCGAUUUGGCUUAAACUGAAAGAGUACUAUGAGGGAAGUAGAACUCAUAACGAUCCAGGUUUUCUUCCAGUACGGUCAAGAAUCUCAUGGACUUUUCUGUGGUGGAAACAUUAUCGUGAGGUCUUCAAGGCGACCAUCGACGGUAUGGGCAAUGAGAAUCUUUCGUACUCGUGCGUUACACAUACCGAUGACAGGGACGGACGAAACUGA